AUGCCAGCGUGUAUCGAUAUCGAUGAUGAAUUGAGCGGGAACAAAAGAAAGUCUGAAGAACAAUUGCACUGCGCUGAAAUCGAAAAUUACGUCGGUGGGUUAGGACCAGUUCAUAAUCCACCGCCUAAAAAGAAAUCCGAUUUUGAAAUAAUGGAAGAGGGAAACGAUGCUACCGAUGAUCAACAGAAGAUAAAAACUCUGGAUAAUCCGGAUCUCGGAAGUACCGAUAUUUUCGUUGGCCAAUGUCAAGAUUCGUCGGAAGACCACUACGAAACAGCACCAGAGGAAGUCGAAGAUUCUCAGAAAAAUUCUGAUGUUUUCGAAAGAAAAUGUGAUAAUGACGGAAAUGAAUUGAAGAAAGUCGAACAAAUCGACAAUGGAUCAAUAAAAACCUUAGGAAAAAUUCUUAAUCAUGAAAAAUCCGGACCAUUGGAAGCGGAUGCAAACGUGGAAGAGGAAUCUGGAAGCGUUAUGGAAGUGGAAGAAGAAUUAGAAUGGAAUAACUAUAACGAAUCACUGAACAAGCUUUUGAAAAAUGCAAUUUCCAAUCGGCCAACUUUUCCACCAACUUCUGCCCAAUGUGGAGAAAAUGAAGAUAUUGUCUACGUACAAAUCCCUGGAUUCGAUGAUAAGAAAAAUGAUCAAGCUAAUGAGGAGAGUGAGCAGUAUUUAACACACAACAAAGAAUUAUUGUUUCAACCAUGGUUCCCAUACAAUGAUAAUAAAGAAACAUUGGCGAAAAAGGAAAUAUUUGACAAAUUUAGUAAAAUUUAUCUGUCCGUUGCCGACGAUGGUUAUUCUGCGUUUGAAACGUUUCUAUGGGACAUGCGACAAAUCCCAUCAAUUUCCAGAAGAUCGUUAUUCGCGUUGAAGCGAUAUUUCCAAAAAAGGGAGAUGUCCGGUCACGGUUUGGAAACAAUCGAACUUUUCAAGUUCAUUGUGAAAUUAGCAAUACGAGCUCAAGCAAUACUUCCAAAGAUCAAAGACUUGCAAUUCUUUGUUUCAUGCGAUUUGCGAAUCGAACAAGCGCCUGCUUGUAGUCAAAUGGAUUUUGCAAACAAGUGUAUAGGAGGCGGUGUACUAACAUUUGGAGGAGUUCAAGAAGAAAUUCGGUUUCUAAUGUGUCCAGAAAUGCUUGUUUCAUUAGUUCUUUGCGAAGAAAUGAAUCCCAACGAAGCGAUUUUUAUAGUUGGAGCUCAGACUUACAGUUCUUAUGAGGGAUAUGGAGAAUCUCUAAAAUGGAAACCACUUCAGCCACAUGAUGCGGAAGCAAACUCUAUAAAAGACAGAUUCGUACGAAUUUGUGUGGAACUUGUUGCCGUUGAUGCAAUAAACUUUUCCAAAAUGAGAGGACAACAAUUCAGCUCAAAUUAUAUUUGCAGAGAAUUAAACAAGCUUCUUGUGGGAUUUUCGACGAGUGUUCAUCCGAAGCCUCCCCUCAUCACGGGAUGGUGGGGAUGCGGCGUAUUUGGAGGAGAGAAACAGCUUAAAUCUUUGUUGCAAGUGAUUGCAGCGGCAAUUACACGGCGUCCUUUAGUUUUUUGUACAUUCUACGACUCUAAAUCGGCGAAUCAAUUGCGCAGAAUGGUUGAAAACCUUCAGAAUCACGAUCUUACUUUAGGGACCAUUUUCAAGGAAAUUGUCUCAUUUUCGGAUUAUAAACAACAGAAUGAGAAAAGCAGUUUGUUCGACUAUCUCUACACUAAAUUCCCGUUAAGAAAUUCGUAA